UAUAAAUACUACAAGGAUGCUUGACGUUUCCUCAUCUCAUUCGACAGAGGCCAAUAGGUUUGAUCACUAACACUUAAGGCUUUGAUCAAACAAUGGACAAGUUCAACUUUGUUAGAAAUGGGAUGACCAGACUGCCUCCUGGUUUUCGAUUCCAGCCCACCGAUGAAGAACUUGUCUUUCAGUACCUAAGGUGCAAGGUCUUCUCAUGCCCUCUACCUGCUUCCAUUAUUCCUGAGAUCAAUGUUUGUUUGUAUGAUCCUUGGGAUUUGCCAGGUGAUUUGAAGCAAGAGAGAUAUUUCUUCAGCAACAAGGAAUCAAAAUACCCUAAUGGGAACAGAACAAACAGAGUGACAAGUUCUGGUUAUUGGAAAGCAACCGGUUCGGAUAAGAAAAUUGUAUCUCCUAGGAGGAAUAACAUUGUAGGGAAGAAGAAGAGUCUGGUUUUCUAUAGAGGAAAAGCUCCAAAUGGUUCCAAGACUGAUUGGGUCAUGCAUGAAUAUUCUCUUGUCAAUAAUCUAGGAACUACAGCUUCAUCAACUGAGAACCCUAUAAACCAGAAAGGAAAUUGGGUUCUAUGCCGAAUAUUUUUGAAGAAAAGAAGUUGUCAGAAAGAUGAGGAUAUAUUGCUUAGCUAUGAUGGCUUCAAAGUUAAGAAUGCUGCAAAGGGUCAGCUUCAGAUUACUAGUACAAGUCCUGUGUCUUCAUCUUCAUCUUGUUCAAGUUGUAGUGGCAUCACAGAUAUAUCUUCGAGUCAUGAAGCCGGUGAUGAAGAAAUCAGUGGCUGCACUAAAUUUUGAUCCUGUUAAUGUAGUAUUACAGAUCAAGAUAAAUUUACUUCAAAAUGAUUUUUGAUUUUCAUGUACUAUUAUAUCCAGUGCUCCGAAGAGAUUAAAGUUCUUCCUCAAA